AUGGACGUUAACGAGCUAAUUCAAGACGCGCAAAGGUUUAUGGACCAAGGCAGACAUGAGGAGGCGGUGGACUCUUUGACUCGUGCUGCCCAGCAAAAUCCCAACGAGAAACAGGCUUCUGUGAUUGAGGAGCUUAUUGAAAGACUUGGACAACAUGUCGUGAACAACAGUGACGGAAACGCCUCUCGUGACGUUGGCAGCAGCUUGUUCAACACGUUUAUGGGGGGCAUGGGCAGUGGCCACGGCAAUUCGGGCGGAUCACAAUCACAGCUGGGGAAAUUGGCGCUUUUGAGCAAGAUUUUGGGGUCUUCCAACAAAAACUCUGGCGGUUUCAACUUGUCGUCCGUGGCAUCCAUGCUUGGAGGCAGUGGUAAGACAAGCUCUUCUGGCUCUCAUUCUGCCGCUGGAGGCUUGACUGGGGCUGCUUUGGGUGCUUUGGCAGGUCAGUUUUUUGGCAAACAAAGCUCCCAGUCGCACAACAAUCAGAACCAGUACGGCAAUCAAAAUCAGUACGGCAAUCAGAACAUGGGCCAAAACCAGGGACACUCCCAAUCUCAGUCGAGUCUAGGUGGCUUGGCAGCAAUGGCAAGUUCGUUUCUCGGAGGCGGCAAGCAAUCAGGUCAGUAUCAAGGCAACUCACAACACGGCGGGAACGGCAACUACGGACAAUCGCAACACCAUAAUCAGGUGAACCAGGGUGGAUACAACCAGGGAAACCAAGGCGGAUACAAUCAAGGAAUUCAUGGUGGGUACAACCAGGGCAAUCAAGGUAAUUUCAACCAAGGAAAUCAGGGUGGAUAUAAUCAAGGAAACCAAGGUGGAUACAACCAAGGAAACCAGGGUGGCCACAAUCAAGGAAUUCAGGGCUGGCACAACCAGGGCAAUCAAGGUAAUUUCAACCAAGGAAACCAGGGUGGAUAUAAUCAAGGAAACCAAGGUGGUUACAAUCAAGGAAGCCAGGGUGGUUACAACCAGAACAACCAGGGAGGGAGACCAGGUGGUUACGGAGAAAACAACAACUAUGACUCAUCCUCACAGUACGAUCGUCCAAGCCAAGGCCAACAAAGACCAAACCAGGGCUUCAACUUUGCUGGCAACUUUGUGCCUUGA